CAAUCAGUUGUUGACGACAUUUCAGUCUACCAAAUUGAGUUUGAUGUAAAGCCUGUUUGUGAAAAAUUAUAAUUAUUAAUUGUUAAAGUUAAUAAGCUAGUCUAUUAUUUAAAGCAUUUUCCUCGAUGGAGGGUUUCGAGUAUGUGGUCAAUCCGCCCGUGUGGCCGACGGUCGGUUUCCUAAAGAAAAUCCACAGGGACUCGAGCGGAAAUUUCUGUCGGCCUAGCUACACCACAAAGACUCCUCCGGUCGCCCCAAAUGCCUAUGACAUAGACAGACCAAUGGGAUUUAAGUAUCCGUCAAAGGCUGGAUUUUCAGCCUUGGCCAACAAAAUGCCACGCCUACCGCCCUUCCGAGAACUUGGGUAUCCGCCCAUAGGAUCCUAUGCCACCGACUUUCCAGGAACUCAGUACUACUUCACCUUUAACAAGCACGUUGUCCGCGAGCAGAAAUGGGUGACACCUGGGCCCUCCACCUACACGCACCACCUCAAAUAUCCGGAAUGGGAUGUGGAGACGGCAUUUGGCUGCAAGCGCAUCAUCUGGCCAUCGGUGGCGGUAUUCUGCAGUCCACAAAACAAAGUCAGGUGCUCGGUGUGCGGCGAGAAGCCGGUGGGCGACUACUUCCAUAACUUUAGCAGCGAUGCGGACAUGUGCCGAGUGUGCAUGCACGUCGAGAUGGCGGCGAUCAAGAAGUGCAGCCUGCAGGUGACCGAGCGGUACAGUCGCCAGCAGAAAAUCAAACAGUUCGUGCCCGCCCGCUACUGCGGAUUCUUCCACAAUCACGACGGCACCACGGCCACCAUUGAGCGGGAAUCGCGCAAAGUCCUGCGCCAGAAGAUUCGCGUGGAGAAUUACCUCUAUCGUCUGAAUGCAAAGAUAGAAUAGUGCCUGAAGCAAAUGAGUUCCUUUGGCCAGCCAUACAGCCACAACUUACCUUAAAAUAUCUUCCCAUUUUUUACUGUAAUCAGAAAAUGUUCUUAAAAGAUAUUUAACUUUGGUCCUAAAAUAAAGUUAACAUUUAAACAACAA